GGCGGGUAUCUCUCUCGUCCUACGUCUCGUGUCGCCCUCCUCGCGGGCGGCCCGGGCGAAACCCUAGCCGCCACUCCAGCCCCCCUCCCAGAUCUCCCCCUCCCCUCGCCGCCGCCGGCAAGCGCCGCCGGGCAAAGCCCGCGCGGCGUCGCGGCGGCGGGGCCUCCCAUUUUUUCCCUCUCACGAGGCCUGGGCAGCGUGGGGUCGCUCAGCCAAGGAGAGGAGCAGGGACGCGGCGGGCGCGAUGCGCGCGGCGAGCAGGCGCCGGCGGGCGUGGUGCACGCGGCGAGAAGGCGCAAUGAGCGCGAUGGGCGCGGUGCGGGGUGUGCUGCGCGCGGCAAGAAGGCGCGGCGAGCAGGGGCCGGACCCGAUCUAGGGUUUCGACGGGCCCUGGGCUUCGCUGCUGAGCAGGGAUGCGCGACGACGCGCGUGCGUGCACGGCGCGAACCAGCUGCGUGCGUCGCGGUGGCGUGCGGGGGUUUCCCCUGUGCCGAUCUGCCGGGGCGGAUGCCCGGCGGCCUCGCGCAUCUGCCAUGGCGGGCGCUCGCGGGAGUGUGGAGGGGGCGCUGCUGCGUGUUCUUGGAUCGCAGGGGCGAGGAGUGGCGCUGUGCUUGUGCGUCGUGGAGGUGUGGAUGCUGGUGGGCUUCUCCCUUCAACCAUGUGCACGUCCAGCUCCUAGAGCAGGGGUGCCGUCCAUCCUGUUGGUGCUUGGGGAGGGUCGGGCUCACCAAUUCCAGCGCGGAGGUCCGGUCCUAGCGCGCGGCGGCGCGAGCCUGUUAACUUUGGCUUGGUUUUUUUGCUCUGUUCCGGCGCGCUGCGGUGCGGGCCGGUCAGUUUAGGUUCUUCUCUGGUCUUUCUUGAGCGCUACGGUGCGAAUUCUCGCCUAGAUCUGCGCACGGAGUCAGAGGAUGGCCGAAGCCGACUUGGUUCGCCCAAGUCCUGGGAGCGGCGGGGCAGACCGGUCAGGUUGGCAUGUGCUCGCUUAGUUUCUGCGUGCGGCGGCGACAUUCCCGUGUCUGGUAGUGUGUGCCGGACUUCAUCCGGCCCGGUGGCGAUGGGUAGGUCUCGGAUCCUGGAUGGGUGGCAGAAGACUUGCCUCCGGAUGAAAAUCCUGCAUUGACCUCGUCGGUGCCGACGGUAACGGCAUCUAUGGAUGUCGUCUUCUUCCUUGGAGGUACCGCCGUGGAGCUCAUUGCUCUUCCUACCUCAUGGCUGAGGUCUCGGGUGAAAACCUAAGAUCCGGCGGAGCCAGAUUGGAUGAUAGUGGUGUUAGCAAUACCACUUCCUCCUUGGAGGCGUCAUCUUGGUGACCUCGACGAUGGAUUUCGAUGAUGUGCACGGUUGUCAACUAAGCUUGGGUUUGUGUUGGUGCCGGCGGGUUUCUUUUUCUUUCUUUUCUUUUUGCACUAGCCUUUUUGCUGUGCUUUCCUUCUUUGGAGGGCUCUUGUUACUCAUCUUCUGAUCAAUGAAUUUGACAGUUCUCCUGCCAACGUUCAAAAAAAAAACAAGUGUAUUUUAUUCUCUUUUCAUAUCUCCGGGCUUCAGUGACUACGGCGUUUUGCCAAUCUUAAUCAAACUCCGCUCUUCGGCAAACUUCGGGUACAGAAGCUAGCAACUUUGAUUUCAGGCUCAGAUGUUGGUGAGGUGAUUACAAUCUAGUAGAAUAGAUCGUCCGUUCGUUUUCCGGCCAGGUAACACUUUGAGGCCUGUCUCCUUCCUGUUCUAUUUGUUUGAAGUAGGAUAUGUACAUUUAGACAUGCAUGCAACCCACAGUGUACAACGUGUGAUUUUUUUGUUUAUAUAUGAGGAUGUCGUCUCUUCUGAAUGUAUGUGUGAUCAAGCAACAUCUUGGUUUCACGGUUGACAUGCCGGCAAGUUUGUUUGAACUUGGUCCGUCGUACAGCCGUGAAGACUCAUGUGUGUAGUAUAGAUCCCUUUCAUCUUCGAUUGAUUUUCUUUUAUGUAACCUAUGUCAAUAAUUUCCUCACGGGUUUUUCUCGCAAGGCCUAUCGUACAACCGUUGAGAUCAGCACUGGAUUUCUUUUCAGUUGGCGUUCCGGCAAGUCCCUAUGUGGACUUGGUCCGUCGUACAACCGUUGAGAUCAGGAAAGUAUUUAAUGGUUGGCUGAAGGUAGUUGCUAAUAAAGCUAGAUGGCGCAUGGUAAGGGGUUUGUUCCUUCGAAUGAACUAUCGAUUUGUCAGUUAGCUGAGCGGCAUCUAUAUGAGCCUAAUACUAGUGAAGAGGUCAACCAAGUGAUCAGACAGCAGGUGCUCGCACAUGCGGAUUUGACGCGCCAUCCUCGUGGUUGGAAUGUGGGGUCUACUCUUAGUGACUAUUCUUUUCAUCCACUAGCACCUUACCCUAAACCUGAUCAUGAAGCCUACACCCUAGGGACCAGGAUGGUAGCAAAAGGUCUAGAUUGGGAUGGUCACACAGUCGAGUAUGUUCCGCAACCCAAAGGCUAUGUUGAGUGGGGCAUCUCUAUAUUGAAUAACCACUCGUUUUGUUUGAAAGAAUAAGCGGAGAACACCGAUUACAUAUAUGGGGCCAUUUAUUGCUCUCUUGGUGAAUAUGAAGUUUCAGAUUCAUUACUGAGGUCACUACUGGAAAGAUGGGAUCCAGAAACAAAUACUUUUCUUUUUUCAUCUGGUGAACGCACCGUGACUCUGCUUGACAUGCUUCUAAUGUUGGGUCUUCCUUUAGUUGGAGAUCCAUACGAGGAAUAUGUUUCCUCUAUAGAUGACCUAGAACCUUCAAAGCUUAUGUUCCCAAAUUUCUUAUCUGGCUUUUUAGAAGAAUUCUAUCGGCUCAGCCGCGAAAAUGGAAGUGUGAUUUUUCAAGUUUGGUGUGACCAUUUCCAUAACAAACACGAACGCACUUCAUCUUUCACCUCCCUUCGGGAACAACACAUGUACGUUGCGGCUUUUAUAGCACACUGGCUUUGCUCUUACGUGGUUGUUGGUGGGGGGCCUUAUAUUCGUCCCGGUGUCCUUCUGAUGGCCUCUUGGAUCGUUUUGGGUCGCAAUAUCUCUUUGGCCCCCUUAGCACUUUGUUCAUUGUAUUAUUCUCUUCGAAGGAUCAGUAUGCACCCCGUUGCCCCCUCUUAUGAGAAAAGAAUUUGGCCAGUGCAUUAUAUUGCGGGGUGGAUGGGUCUCUAUUUGAGAAAACCAUUUAAGGACAAAGUGAAAGGGAAACAUCUUCCAGAUGUUAAGCAAUUGCCGAUGCAACCAACCAUGAUUAAAACUAUGUUUCGGGUUCCCACAACUUUCAGUCCUGCUAAGGCACGCAUUUUCCUUGAUGACCGAGCCAAUAUUUUUUGGAAUCCUUAUACUCCAAAGAACUUAGUCGGGGUGGAUCAGUUGCAAAGGUCUUUCACCAUUUCUUCACAUCGGGGUAUGCUUCCAUGGAGGCGUGCUACUGAUGUUGAUGAUCUUUGCAUAGCAGAGCCAUAUCAUCCUGAUCGAGUUGCACGACAACUUACUUUGAGACAACAAGUGCCCAUGCUCCGCUGGUCAGCGUGUACACAAAGAAGGAUACUGGGGUUGCGUAUGCGUAUUGGUCGCAUUUGUUACGCUCGGACCAAGGAGAGUUCCAGUACCUUCUUAAUGAUGCGCAGACAUUUUCUUUUGUGGCCUGGAACAACUGGUGGGUGGGAUUUAUGAAACCAUUUAACAACAUAUUCAAUACUCUUCGUCCGGGCAUCUCGAAUGGUCCGAAUUAUAAUCCGCGGAAAUGUAAUUUUCUGAAACGCGGAGAGGAGUACAUAGUUCCCCGCAAGCUUUCGGAGAAUGAUUUUGUUGUUAUAAAGGAAGUCUCCGCCAGGGGUAAGGAGGAGCAUAUUGCAGCCAUCAAAUUGAAUGGAAGGAGAAUUAUGGACCACCUGCGUCCCAUUUUGUGUGGCUUUCUCUCAAAUGAUGAACCUUUAAUCAACUCUAAAAAGAAGAAGCGAAAGGUUAAGGAUGUUGUCGCUACUCAACCCAUGAAAUCUAAAGAGCAAAGUGGCAUACCAAAGUAUGUUGUUGCAGUUGGUUCUUCCUCUACUCAUCCAUUGCUAGUGGGUAGUCAUGAUCUUCCGGAAACUGCCCCGGCCACCGGCGGCAGAAGCGUAGAAAUUUAUCGCCCACUCAUGCUGACGAGGAAGAGAGGCUCCCCCUCAAGUGCAAACUUGAUUUUUUUCGCAAGAAUAUGAUUUUUCUGAACCAAUAACCUUGGACGGUCAAUCGUUAGAUGUUGAGCUUAGUAGCUUUGUUAAUGAUGAAGAUUUUGGCCAUGUUCUCACGGGAGAAAAGGAUCAUGGCCUUGGUGACCUCUUCAAUUUAUCCGACGAGGAUUAUACCAUUGAUGAGUGUGGCACAAGUCGUCUGCCUUCCAACCCGGGUGUGAAGUUGUGCCCCAUACCCCUAGUGCUCUUGAUUUCUUGUCACUUUACCUGGUUGCGACCAAGAAAUUCGCCACUCACAAGACCCUGAGGUGAUGGUUGUAUCAGGGAAAGGCGCACAGAUGGACUGCAGUUUCGUCAAGGACACGUUUAUGGAUGCUACGAAUUUCGUAGUGAAACGAGUCCUCGAAUGACUGAACGACUCUGCCCUUGGUGAUCCCGAGCGAGGCAUCAUGCUUGAGAGUGUUUAUCAAACGCUGCCCAUGCAAGUGCUUGAGGUAGCUAAGGUGCAGGCCAUUUUGGUCGGGCUUGUUGACCUUUCCAAGAAGUUGGAGGGUGGCCAGACCGAAUUCACGAGGGAAUCUGAGCGAGAUGAACAUGUUGUUGCUGAAGUAGAACUUAAGAUUAAGUCCGGGCAUGAGGUUUCCAAGGCCAUAAUUGAGGACUUAUCUACCAUAAAAAAGAAGUGCACUGAAAUGGAGGCGCGGGAAGCAGAGCUGAAGGCCCAGCUUGAAGAGGUUACUGCUACUUUGCACAUGCUUAAAUUGGAAAUGGAACAGCGCCGACAAGCACAUGAUGCCCAUCAAUCUGAACAGAAGAAGUUGGUGAAGAGUCUACUGGAUACCAAUGUUGGCAAACGUACAAGGCUUGCUGAAUUUAAACAAAAGACAAUAAAUUUAAAGACCGAAGCAAGUCAGUUGUUGAACAGCCUGCAGAACUGGCGAGCUCCUUGAGAAGGCCUAGACUUCGCUUAGUUUUUUUAUUUAGCCAUUUCAAUCCAUUGUUCCAUUUCGAACCAUUUAAUUUCCAGUCUUCAGUUUCAAUUCAGAUGUAUCAGUGCUUUAUUUCUUCAUGUGGGAACUUUAGAUUUAUAUAUGAUAUACUGGUAUACGGACUAGCACAGAUUUGACGUUGAAGCAUCUUAUUUAUUAACACUAUCGUUGUGUA